GCCAAGGCCAAAAUUUCAAGCCAUCAACACCGUUGCUCCUCCGCAACCGCCGCCGCCACCUCUGUCAAAACAGAUCCAAAUUGGCAAAAUUCUUCCAAAACCCAACAUUUGCCCCCAAAACCUCCGGUUUCAAAAUCUCAUCAAAACCCAGCACGGUCGCUUCCUUCUCCUGUAAAAGAAACGGUGAAAGAGGUAUUAGUAAUAUCUGAAGCGCCAUUGAUCCACAUCAAACAACAGGAAAAGACCCAAAUGCGGUUACCCAAGAAUCAGAAAUCGAAUCAAAAGAUUUAAAUUCCAUAGAAAAGCAGCAAUUUGCAGUGCAGACACUGGAAGAAGAGGUCUCUGGUUUCACGUACGUAUCGGAGAUUUACAGCGUGACGGAGACCAUCUCAGCAUCGCCGACAGCGACCACGGGGACGAAAGAUAUAAACGAAGAUGAAGCGACGAGCAAACAAAGGAAGAAAGUCAGUAAGAGGUCUCCAGCAAAGGUUCCAAAGAAGCAUCCAUAUAAUGUAGACUCGGAAAGAGUCCGGACGAGAAGAUUGGAGACAUCGUCGGAGAAGAAGGCCCGGGGGUGAGGGAGAGGAAUGGGACAAUCGGGUGAGAUGAGGACUACACAGCGUACUGUGGUUUCGAAGUCGACGUCACCGGCGACCGGGAGGGCAGCCGGAAUGGGGACGGGUAGGGGUUCCGUGGUCAAGAGGAGUCCGGCGAAGGCCUCCGGGAAAGCAAGUGGGAAGUCGAUGAGCACAGCGCAGAAGGAAGAGGACGAAAACGGUAUCGUUUUAGAGAAGAUGGGGGAAUGCUUUGUUUGAAAAUCCUCUUGUUUCGUUGGAGUGUUUCAUCUUUCUAUGAAAAAUUGUUACUCUUCGGAAAAAAAGGGGGCUAUUUUCAUGUUUUAUGAAAUUAUCCGAUCCCUUUGAUUUCAUGUAAAUUGCAAUGUAAAUGGGUACCCCAUAAAUUUAAUUACUUCAC